AUGGAUAGCUUUUGCGUAAAUGAUACAUCGCGGGGUGAUCCAAAUAUGUUACCAAUCGCCGAUGGUCCACCGCGACUUAUUCGUACCGUGCCUAAUGGAUUACUCUAUCAAGUUGGUGUCGAUGAAGAUCAAUCAUGGCUUGUUCAUGUCUGGGGCAUGAAUGGAUAUGAGUAUGGAUUUGCCUACGGAACAUUAUUGAGUGAACAAAUUAUUCAAUUUUUUCCGAAAGCCUAUGCCUACCUAGAGAAAGAUAUAAUAGAUCACCUGGAAUCUCUUAAAUUACCGAAGUGGGUAAAACAGUUAAUUGCUGAUGAAGGUCUUGCAUUUGCUUUGGAUAUGCAAAAUUCACUGGCCCAAGUAUAUGUCGACCCAGAAAUUUAUCGUGAGCUUCAUGGUAUAGCUGAUGCUACGAAAAUUGAUUACGAUCUUUUACUACGUUUGCAUAUGUUUGGUGAAUUGACUCGAGGCUACAUUGGCGUGCUGACUGGUAUGUCUUCAACAAUGAUGGGCAUAGGAUCAAUCGGUAUCCGCCGUCCUGAUGAUACGUUCGGUGAUGAAAGCAUGAUGGGUAUACCUUUUAUUUUUCUACAACGAUACCUUAUGCAAUAUUCUGAGACGCUCGAUGAUGCUCUUUCAUACAUAACCAAUAUUCGUCGAACAUGUCACUUGAUUUUGGGUAUUAGUGAUGGCAAAUUGGGCACAGGUCGCAUCAUUCAAUAUUCACAUUCACUUGUUCAUUUCUUCGACGAUAUUAAUUUACAACCAUUAACUGAUUGGCAUCCACGUAUUGACAAUGUUGUCUAUGAAGGUAUGGAUUGGACAUGUCCAGCGUUUCAAUCUAAACUCUAUGAACAGAUUAGAGCUGAGUACGGUCAGAUCACACCUGAAACGACUAUUCAAAAUAUACCUGCAGUGGUCAAAACUGGCGAUGUUCAAGUGGCCGUGUACGAUCUCACAGAUAAUGUAUUGUAUGUUGCCAAUGCUCGCGGUGAAGGCGAACAAGGACCUCGACCAGCUUAUCAACGACAGUUCAUCAAGCUUGAUCUUAACGUAGAAUAUGCUCGAGUAUUACCGACAAUUUAA